AUGACGAUAUCGCUAAUGCCUUUGGCUGUGAAGGCUGUAGGGGCCUUUGCUCUCUAUGGACUUGUGCGUAUGACUCGUGAUCGUAUAUACGAUGCAAUUAUCGCUAAGUUGACGACUGGUUGGUACGCGGAAGUGCUGAAGCGCUUGCCACACGGCAGCAAACUUCUGGACGUGGGUAUCGGGACGGGUCUGGCUCUGAUUAACAAUCGACAGCAGCUCAAGCUCAAGCAAAUUGAAGUGGAUGGGGUGGACUAUGAUAAGGACUAUGUGGUACGAUGUCAGAACCUGGUAAAGGAGAAGCAGCUGACGAGUCUCGUUCAAGUGCACCAUGCUUCGAUCUACGACUUCCAGCAAGGUCCAUACGACGCUGUGUACUUCAGCUCGUCGCUCAUGCUCAUGCCUGACUCAGCAAAAGCUCUGCGGCAUUGUAUGGGCAUGUUGAAGCAGAAGACUGGACGCAUCUAUGUGACGCAAACCAUCCAAACACGUCACUCGAGGCUCAUGGAGAUUGUCAAACCACUGCUUAAGUUCCUCACAACGAUUGACUUCGGCACGGUCACGUACGAGGAUGAUCUACUUAUGACGUUCAAGAAGGCGGGACUGACGUUGCGAGAGCAUGUGCCGAUUUCGGGUACGACGAUGACAUCCACGCGAUCAUUCAGACUGUUUGUGCUGGAACCAUGA